CGAAAGCUGCAGGGAUCUAUGGCGAUCUGGGGAGAUAGAGCCGAGGCAGCUUCGCAUGGCAGGGAGGAGGGCGAGGUAGAGAAGGGGCAAGACGAAGGAGCCUACAACCAGCAGCAGUAGCAGAGGGAAGCAGAUGUGCUUGUUGUGCGAGAGAAAAUAUCGAAGCAGGUGGGAGGGCUCGUCAAUUAGGAUGGAGGAGAGGUUGUGAAGAGAGUUGACGAUAGCCGAGCUCUAUCCCAUCUAUCCCACGCUCUUUGUGAUUCAUGCUCUUUGUGGUUGUGGUUCAAGUAAGCAGAAAUUCAUAUAUGUCACUGCAACGAGACGAAAACCAUCACACUUGCCAUGAGGUACCAGCCACAGACAAUGUUGUGCGUUAAACACGAGGAACACAAAAGACGAGGAUGUACGAGAUCGACAUCGCAGUGUGUGUGUAGGAGGAACAGGAGAGAACCACAGAUGCUUAGAAGUUACCUCGAAUGCCAUGCUUGACAACGUCUGAUGGAAGAAUCGAUUCUUUCUGUGUCCCUUUUACAACUCACUGGAUGUCCACAGGUUCGAUAUCUGAAGUGGCAGCAUGCCUCCUUCAAACAUGGACGAUAUCCAGCCAGCUUUCCAGAAUCAGUGCACCGUGGGCGAUCGAAACGGCGCCUUGGAAGACUAUGCUGGGCAGAUCCUCUUCGAGAGCACAACGUCAACCUUCAGGAUGUACGGCAAAUCGAUGAUGUAUGCGUUCCGCGCCGACGAGAACGGGAGCCUCGAGCACCUCUACUGGGGGAAGUCGAUUCCGCCAACGGAUGACCUCCGCUUCCUCUCCUUCUCAAACGUGCAGCUCUGCUUUGAUCCAGGCCCUUACACACAGUUCGAGGCGAGGAAGCAGAUCGACAUGGCUGCCAGCCCGCUCGUCAACGGAGAGUUUGUUGAGUCAGGAACGGACGAGUGGCGCAGCUUCGAGAGCAGCUCCAAGUUUGUCCCGCAUGACAUCAUUGCUAUUGCGAGACGCGAGAAUGCCGCCUGGAGGUUGAUGAGGAUGCAAGACCUCAAGUCCGGGAGGAUCGAUGAGUUCGAGUAUGAGCUGGAAGUGAGCAGGGAGAACAAGAAGAGCCUGAGCCCGGAGCUGUCAAGGCUGAGAGAGCAUCACCCUACACCUCCCCGGACAUCCAGCGGGUCCGAACCCCACCACGGCUUCCAUGACAUCGAGAUGGAGCAUCCGAUCCCGCAGGUGGGGAGGAACACGAAGCUGCUGGAGUAUGCAGACCUUGGGACGGGAGACUACCGCGCUCCUAGCUUCUCUGUUGUGUAUGAGGACGGUGGCGCCAUCUGCCCGCUGACGUACAAGGGGCAUCGUAUCAUCAAGGGCAAGCUGCCGAUGACGGCUGCUAAGGGAAGGCUGCCGGAGCUGAGAGGGAGUGAAGAGGAAUGCUCCACUCUGGUUGUUGAGAUGCAGGACAAAGUGACGGGCCUUGAGUUUGAUCUGAUCUACACGGUCUUCAAGCACGUGGACGCACUGAGCCGGAGAGUGAUCGUGCGAAAUCCCACGGACAGCGAGGGGCUGUCUGGGGACGUGCGAAUCGACAAGCUGAUGAGCGCCACAGUCGACUUCCACACCAUGAGCAACACUAACAUGAUCACCCUGUGUGGGAGCUGGGCCAACGAGCGGCAUAUCCAGCUGCAGCCUCUUAUCCAGGGGAAGUUUGUGACCGAGAGCCUUCGUGGGACUAGCAGCCACCAGCACAACCCGUUCUGUGCGCUGACCAACACGUCGGAGGAGAUGAUAGAGACCGUGGGGGAGGUGUGGGGCUUCUCCCUGGUGUACUCGGGGAACUUCAUGAUCGAGGCGGAUGUGUCGGAGACCGGGAGGACGAGGAUAAACGCCGGCAUCAGCUCGAGCACGUUCAAGUGGCACAUCCCCGCCGGGGACUGCUUCGAGGGCCCUGAAUGCGUCCUGGUGUACAGCGACAGGGGGCUCGAGGGGAUGACGCACGCGUUCCAUGACCUGUACAGGAACAACCUGAUCCCCUCACGUUGGCACAACACAGUCCCUCCUGUCCUUCUCAACACAUGGGAGACGACAUACUUCGAUGUCUCGCAUGCCAAGAUCCUAGAGAUUGCCAAGAUCGCAGUGAACUGCGGGGUUGAGAUGAUAGUGCUAGACGACGGGUGGUUCGGGCAGCGUGAGGAUGCGACGUCGUCGCUGGGAGACUGGCACGAAGACAAGCGCAAGUUUCCUGUCGGGCUGUCUGCCAUGGUGAGAGAGAUCAACGAGCUCGGCCUCAAGUUUGGAAUCUGGAUCGAGCCUGAGAUGGUGAACGUUCGGAGCCAGCUCUAUGCCGCGCACCCCAACUGGUGCUUGAAUCAGCAGGGGAGGAACAGCCGCUGCGAGGGGAGGAACCAGCUCGUGUUGGACUUCACCCGCGAGGAAGUGAGAGAGUACGUGAUCUCAAAGCUCGACGCGCUACUGACGGAGUCCAACAUCGAGUACAUCAAGUGGGAUAUGAACCGUCACCUGACGGAGGUUUACGGGAACGCUAUCUCGCCGCAGAAGCAGGGGGAGGUGUUCCACCGGUACAUGGUCGGCGUCUACAAGGUCCUUGCCCAUCUCAACGAGCGGUUCCCCCACGUGCGCAUCGAGACCUGCUCGGGAGGAGGAGGGCGCUACGACGCCGGAAUGUUGAACUUCUGCCCUCAGAUCUGGGCUAGUGACAACACCGACGUGUUCAGCCGGCUGGCAAUCCAGAGUGGGACGAGCCUCAUCUAUCCCUUGUCGACCAUAGGAUCGCACAUCACAACAGUUCCCAAUCACCAGACGCAGCGCCUGUCCACCCUCAAGACAAGAUUCCUCGUCUCGCUCUUCGGCAACUUCGGCCUCGAGCUCGACCUCCGCAAGCUCUCGCAAGCUGAGCUACACGAGCUGACCAACUACAUCUCCAAGUACAAGGAGCUCGCCCCCGUCGUGCUCUUCGGCAGGUUCUACCGCCUCUGGUCCCCGGCCAACUCCAGCGACCAGGAGGCGUACGCAUGGAUGUGCACCAACUUUGACAAUGACAACAUCAAGGCCGUUGUUGCUGUCUUCCUCAACAAGGUAGAGGCAGGCAGGUACCUCCCUCGCCUCCGUCUCAGGGGGCUGAAAGAAGACGAAACGUACAUCGUCGAGGAGAUCUUUCCAAACAGUUCUCUCAGGAACAGAAACACCGGCCAGCUCGAGGUGGGAGGAGGUGUCCCGCAAUGGCAGACGGGCAGGCAAGCCAUCACCAUGUCGGGCUCGAUGCUCAUGGGAGCUGGCAUGCCCAUCCGACUGUCGUACGAUGGUGACAGCUGUGCGUUCGUUCUCCGUGAGAAGUAGACGAGGAGAACAGCCUACGAGACAGCUCCCGGACUGGCACCAGCAUGCCGUAUGCGCCCAAGGAAAGCCUCCUCUUGCAUGGCCGAACUCAGCAGCCUGCAAACUUCGGCUCGAGCUACCAGUGAUUCCAUCCAUUCAUCUUAUUUGUUGUGAAGUCCCCCCUGCCUUCUGUUGAUGCCUGUCAACCAUAAUCGUAGUUGUGGUGGAUGUGAUACAUUCAAUGAUGUUAUGCUUCAUUCUCUCAUUUCUUCCUCCUUGAUCUAUUAAACCAUGUCCAUAUC